UGUAAAUGUGCAGACAGAUAAAUUCAUGCACAAAUAAGAAAGAACUGUCAUCACAAAAAGGUAAAAUAGUCGCAAUGAGGCUAAUUAUUUCAUAAUCUUUGUGUUUACCAGUUGCAGAUAUGAUUUGAGCCUGAAGCAUCUGUGAGAAGUGCAUCCAAAACCAGACAGUAUGGAGACUCUGAACCUGUCCUACACUGCCAACACUAGCAAUGGUGAUAGCACCAGCCUCUUCUCUGGAAGCCCAUAUACAACUGUGGAGAUUGUACUCAUCAUCCUGGUGGCUGGAUCUCUGAGUCUAAUCACUGUCAUUGGAAACAUCCUGGUCAUGCUCUCUAUAAAGGUAAACAGGAAUCUGCAGACCGUCAACAACUACUUCCUGUUCAGCCUGGCCUGUGCUGACCUCAUCAUUGGCGUCUGCUCCAUGAAUCUCUACACUGUCUAUAUUGUGAUUGGCUACUGGCCCCUGGGAGCAGUGGUGUGUGACCUGUGGUUGGCUGUUGACUAUGUUGUUAGCAACGCCUCAGUCAUGAACCUUCUCAUCAUCAGUUUUGACCGUUACUUCUGUGUCACCAAACCGCUCAGCUACCCAGCACGCCGUAGCACCAAGAUGGCAGGCCUGAUGAUUGCCGCGGCCUGGGUCUUGUCUUUCAUCCUUUGGGCUCCAGCCAUUUUGUUCUGGCAGUUCAUCGUAGGCGGGAGGACUGUGCCGCCAGGUGAGUGCUACAUCCAGUUCUUCUCGAACCCAGCGGUGACAUUUGGGACAGCCAUAGCAGCUUUUUACCUGCCGGUGGCCAUCAUGAUCUACCUCUACUGGCGCAUCUCCAAGGCCAGCCGCAGCCGCAUGAGGAGGGACAGCCGGAAGACCUCCGGCACCAGUCUGGGAGAAGGUCCCUAUCACAGUCAAGAGGAAGGAUGUGAGUGCCAGAACAACUGCAUCACAACAAAAGAGGCUCAGGAGGAGGCUGGAGAUAGGAAGGAGCAGGAGCAGGAGCAGGAACAGCAACAGAACGGAAGAGGGCCCUGCAAGGAAGUAAAAACUGACCGAGGCAACUCCACAGCAGACAGUAUCCACGCUUCAACGUCUAAGGACGCUGUGGUCCCUACAUCAUCUCAGAAAGGCACAGAUGGUGGGGAAAAGACAAAUCAAACACAGCCACCUUCCCCAGAGAACUCAGCUGCUGACAGACAAAGUUUGGUCACAAGGACACUGUUUAAGGUAACUAAGCAGAAUGCUGUGGCAAAGUGGAGAAGGAAGGGAAUUUCUUCCAGGGAGAAAAAAGUAACGCGCACCAUCAUGGCAAUCCUGGUUGCUUUUGUUGCCACAUGGACACCGUACAACGUGAUGGUCCUGAUCAACACUUUCUGUUCCAUCUGCAUCCCAAACUCCCUCUGGACCAUCGGCUACUGGCUCUGCUACAUCAACAGCACCGUCAACCCGGCAUGCUACGCCUUGUGCAACGCUACCUUCAAAAACACCUUCAAGCACCUGCUUCUGUGCCAGUACAAGAACAUACGUACAGCACGGUGAGGGCGAAACACUGACUUUAUGAUAGAUCUUGUAAAAUGAGGUGACACGGUUACUGGAGAGAACAUAUUGUUAAAAUAUAGAUUAGGUGUGUUCUUAUUGUGCUCCUACUCCAUGUCCUUCUCGGUGGUAGAACUUAUUCCUGCUGCCAUUGAAAAUAAAACUGUGCUUCACAUUUUUAAUUCUACAACACACUUGACUUUAAUGAUUUUAAAAGUACUUGGUAUUGUAUUAUAAUUAUCAAGACAAGUCAUUCUGGUGGGAAUGCAGUUUAUUGUAAAAAGUACAUUUGACUGAGUUAGCUGGGAUUUUACUUUGACGGGAUGUUUUCCUGUUUGCUCCUCCUCCUGCAGCUUGUGCAGUAUGUUCUUUCAUACGCAACCUGUUUUUACCCCAUCAGUAUACUUGUGGUAAAUGUGACUGUUCUGUGAGCAAAACAGUGAUCUUAACUCUAGAAUAAAAGUAUAAGUCUAGUCUAAGAAGAAGACAACACACUAUAUAAAGAAACACACUAUUAUUCAUACAUCACUAUGUAAAAAUGUGCUAUUGUUAACACAGAGCUGUGAAACAGGAAAAAUCUGCCCAACAGAAAUAUUCUUCUAUUCAAACUGAGUUAAGAAUGAGAGAAUAACUCUCUCUCUCUCUCUCUCUCUC